CUUGAGUCGAAGACCAACAAAAUGGCUCCGGGCAUUCUAGCCUCACCACCGCCCAUCGAGGCCGCCAGCAAGGCCACCUCGCUGGCCCAGCUCACAGAGGACUGGGACGACACCAUCCGCUUCUACCUGAACGGCACCAAAGUCGUCCUGGACUCGAUCGACCCCGAAAUCACACUACUGGAGUACCUGCGAGGGGUCGGGUUAACGGGGACCAAGCUGGGAUGUGCGGAGGGUGGCUGUGGCGCUUGCACAGUGGUGGUAUCGCACUUGAACCCAACGACGAAGAAACUCUACCACGCAUCGGUAAAUGCGUGUCUGGCGCCCUUGAUCAGCGUGGACGGGAAACAUGUUAUCACGGUGGAAGGGAUCGGGGAUGUGAUGAAUCCGCAUGCGGUUCAGCAGCGGCUCGCGGUGGGGAAUGGGAGUCAGUGCGGGUUCUGUACUCCGGGGAUUGUGAUGAGUCUGUACGCCCUUCUGCGUAACAACCCGAAACCGUCGGAGCAUGACGUCGAGGAGGCGUUCGAUGGGAAUCUGUGUCGCUGUACCGGGUACAGGCCCAUUCUGGAUGCCGCGCAGAGUUUCUCGGCGGCUGCUGCUGCUGCUCCGGUGCAAGGAUGUGGGAAAGCUCUGGCGAAUGGGGGGACGGGCUGCUGUAUGGACAAGAAGGAUGGUUCUGGGGGAUGUUGUAAGCAGUCGGCGGACACGGCAGACGAUAAUGGCCCGAAGUUCACGCCUCCGGAAUUCAUCAGCUACAAGCCGGAUACUGAGUUGAUUUUCCCGCCUCAUCUUCACAAGCAUGAGUUCCAGCCGUUGGUGCUCGGGAACAAGAGGAAGAAGUGGUAUCGACCGGUGACUCUCCCGCAGCUUUUGGAAAUCAAGGCUGUGCACCCUGAUGCGAAGAUUAUUGGGGGGAGUACGGAGACGCAGAUCGAGGUGAAGUUCAAGGCUAUGCAGUAUAAGGCUUCUGUCUAUGUGGGUGAUAUCCCCGAACUGCGUCAAUACUCGCUCAAGGAAGAUUGUCUGGACAUUGGAGCGAAUGUCUCCUUGACCGACCUGGAGUCGAUCUGUGACGAGGCCCUGGAGAAGUAUGGGCCUCAGCGGGGUCAGCCGUUCAGCGCGAUCAAGAAACAGCUUCGCUACUUUGCUGGAAGGCAGAUUCGAAACGUUGCGUCGCCGGCAGGAAACCUGGCGACGGCUUCCCCGAUUUCAGACUUGAACCCGGUGUUUGUGGCUACUAACACUGUCCUGGUAGCCAUGUCGCUGGGCGAGGUGGUGGAGAUCCCGAUGAGCCAGUUCUUCAAAGGCUACCGAUCAACGGCGCUUCCGCCGAAUGCCAUCAUUGCUGGUCUGCGAAUCCCAACCGCGUCCGCGGAGGGAGAAUACAUGCGCGCCUACAAGCAAUCGAAGCGGAAGGACGACGAUAUCGCGAUCGUGAAUGCUGCUUUGCGGGUGUCACUCUCCCCGUCGCAUGACGUGACCAGCGUGAACCUCGUCUUCGGGGGUCUGGCACCGAUGACGGUGUCUGCCCGCAACGCAGAGGCCUUUUUGGUCGGCAAGAAAUUCACCAACCCGGCCACUCUUGAGGGUACCAUGAGUGCCCUGGGGCAGGACUUCGACUUGAAGUUCAGUGUUCCCGGAGGAAUGGCGACGUACCGAAAGUCUCUCGCUCUCGGCUUCUUUUACCGGUUCUAUCACGAUGUACUGUCUAGCAUUGAGGUCCAAGACGCGGAUGUGGAUGAAGACGUCAUUGCUGAGAUUGAAAGAGCCAUCUCCUCGGGAGAAAAGGACCACGAGGCGUCUGCGGCCUAUCAACAGAGAGUCCUCGGAAAGGCCAGCCCCCAUGUCUCCGCCCUGAAGCAGGCGACAGGUGAAGCCCAGUACACAGAUGACACACCCGUGCGCAAGGACGAAGUCUAUGGGUGCAUGGUACUUUCGACCAAAGCACAUGCCCGCGUUCUCAGCGUGGAUACCACCGCGGCUCUCGACAUUCCUGGUGUAGUUGAAUACGUGGAUCACACCGAUCUCCCCAACCCAGAAGCCAAUUACUGGGGUGCCCCCAAUGCAGACGAGCUGUUCUUCGCGGUUGACAAGGUCACGACUGCCGGGCAACCUAUUGGCAUGAUCCUCGCCAAGUCCGCUAAAAUCGCGGAGAUGGGCGUGAGAGCCGUCAAGGUGGAAUACGAGGAGCUGCCGGCGAUUCUCAGCACGGAAGACGCCAUCAAGGCCAAGUCCUUCUUCGCGCAUUCCCGCUACAUCAAGAGAGGCGACCCGGAAAGUGCCUUUGAGAAGGCAGAUCAUGUCUUUACGGGAGAGUCGAAAAUGGGCGGCCAGGAGCAUUUCUAUCUCGAGACCCAGGCCUGUGUUGCGAUUCCUAAGCUGGAAGAUGGCGAGAUGGAGAUCUGGAGCGGGACGCAGAAUCCUACUGAAACGCAAACGUAUGUUGCUCAAGUCACCGGCGUGGCGGCCAACAAGAUCGUGUCUCGAGUCAAGCGCCUUGGUGGUGGAUUCGGUGGGAAAGAGACUCGAUCGAUCCAGCUGGCUGGUAUCUGUGCCGUUGCUGCCACGAAAGCCAAGCGACCCGUUCGGUGUAUGCUCAACCGCGACGAAGACAUCGUUACUUCCGGCCAGCGUCACCCGUUCUUCUGCCGCUGGAAGAUCGGCGUGAGCAAAGAGGGCAAACUCCUCGCACUUGACGCCGACGUGUACGCCAACGGCGGACACACGCAGGACCUCUCCGGCGCAGUCGUGGAGAGAGCGCUCUCCCACAUCGACGGGGUAUACAGCAUCCCGAACGUCCACGUCCGGGGACACAUCUGCAAGACGAACACCGUAUCCAACACCGCCUUCCGCGGCUUCGGUGGCCCUCAAGGCCUAUUCUUCGCCGAAUGCUUCGUAUCAGAAGCGGCCGACCAUCUCAACAUCCCCGUCGAACAGUUCCGCUGGCAAAACAUGUACAAACCCGGCGAACAGACGCACUACAAUCAAGAGCUCAAAGACUGGCACGUCCCCCUGAUGUACAAGCAAGUCAUGGAAGAAAGCGCCUACGACGAGCGCCGCAAAGCCGUGGACGAAUACAACCAGAAACACAAAUGGUCGAAGCGCGGAAUGGCCAUCAUCCCCACGAAAUUCGGCAUCUCCUUCACCGCGCUCUUCCUCAACCAAGCCGGCGCCCUCGUCCACAUCUACCACGACGGCAGCGUGCUCGUCGCCCACGGCGGCGUCGAGAUGGGCCAGGGCCUGCACACCAAGAUGACCAUGAUUGCCGCCGAAGCGCUCAACGUGCCGCAAUCCAGCGUCUUCAUCUCCGAAACCGCCACCAACACCGUCGCCAAUACCUCUUCCACCGCGGCAUCCGCCAGCUCCGACCUCAACGGCUACGCGAUCUUCAACGCCUGCACCCAACUCAAUGAACGCCUGCAACCCUACCGCGCCAAAAUGCCCAACGCGUCCAUGAAAGACCUCGCGCACGCCGCCUACUUCGACCGGGUCAACCUCUCCGCGCAAGGCUUCUACCGCACCCCGGACAUCGGCUACGUGUGGGGCGAAAACAAAGGCCAGAUGUUCUUCUACUUCACGCAGGGCGUCACCGCCGCUGAAGUCCAAAUCGACACCCUCACCGGCGACUGGACGCCCCUCCGCGCGGACAUCAAAAUGGACGUCGGCCGCACCAUCAACCCGUCCAUCGAUUACGGGCAGAUCGAGGGUGCCUACGUCCAGGGCCAAGGGCUCUUCACCACCGAAGAAAGUCUGUGGCACCGCGCCUCCGGCCAGAUCGUCACCAAGGGGCCGGGCAAUUACAAGAUCCCCGGCUUUCGGGAUAUCCCGCAAGUGUUCAAUGUUAGUCUGCUGAAAGACGUCGAGUGGGAGAAUCUGAGGACGAUUCAGCGGUCGAGGGGAGUCGGCGAGCCGCCGCUUUUUAUGGGCAGUGCGAUGUUCUUUGCGAUUCGGGAUGCGUUGAAGGCGGCGAGAGCGCAGUGGGGGGUCACGGAGGUGUUGAGGCUGGAGAGUCCGGCCACGCCCGAGCGGAUUAGGGUUUCUUGUAAGGAUCCGAUUGUGGAGAGGGUUAGGGUGUUGCCGAAGGAAGGGGAGGAGAGCUUUUUUGUGGCUAUUUAGGGUACUUUGGCCCGUUGGGGGGGGGGUGUGGAUAUGAUGAGUUAUGUUAUGAUACCUAUGAAUUAAACCAGACUGGUGAUGGUCGG